CGAAAAUUUUAAAGAUUCACCUAACCUUAUAACAAAUAUGUUAAGCAUUGUUAAUUGAGUAAGGAUUUUAGCUUUUUAGUUUGUUGGCGUGAAGGUCACAGCAUCGUCACUUGAAUGAACCAAAUUUCAAGGCGGUUCACACAUCAGCAAGGUUCGUGGGGUACGGUAUCACUUCAUAUCGUGCAUAUAGAUUCUUUCCAAACAGCAAAACCCACUCUGAAUUCUCGUUCUACCAAUGACAGUUCAGCGAAGAGUGAAUAACUGCGGACAAAAUGGCAUUCAGGUCAAAUCAGACCUAAUAACUAUACAAAAGCUAGAACGUGACCAGCUCCUAUUUUGGAGAUCGCCUUUUCUUACCUUGUACUACUUCUUCAUGGAAUGUGUAUUUAGAUUUGCACAGCUUCGUUUUGCUGUAUAUAGAAACAAAAACAAAUGUGUCGUAGCUGCUUUUAUAGUCUUUGUCUUGGUUUUUCUUGAUUAUUCAGAUGGCCCUCAUUCUAAAGUAUUUGAUCACAUUAAGUCUACCGCUUUAUGGUGGUCAUGGUGGGUUUGGCUAGGAUUCCUAUCUUCAUGUGGGUUCGGUACCGGGUUACAUACUUUUGUGUUGUAUCUAGGUCCGUUUAUAGCUGAAGUUACAAUGAGUGCUUAUGAAUGUGGAACACUCAAUUUUCCUCGUCCACCAUAUCCUGAUAGGAUUAUUUGUCCAGAUAACCCUGAUUUAGGGGAAAGCAUCAAUUUUUGGAAAGUCAUGCGCAAAGUCCAGAUGGAGUCUAUCAUGGUUUUGGUACUGCACUGGGUGAACUGCCUCCAUACUUCAUGGCUCGAGGUGCUAGACUUUCCGGUGAAUAUGAUGAUGAGUUUUCUAAGUUGGAAGAAGUCAUCUCAUCCAAUCAAAAUACUCAAAGUACAACAGACCAACCGAUUACUUUUCAAAGGAGAGCUGAACUAUUCCUACAUCAUUUAAUACUUAGAGCUGGUUUUAUCGGGAUUUUGCUUUGUGCCUCG